UUAACUCGUAGGCUGACUGAUCCCCUUAGAAAAAAAAAAUCUAUCAAUCCUUGGGUGGAGUUUUUUUUUUUUUUUCAUUCACCACAAAGCAACUAUUUGGCCGGGACACGUACGUGAACCUCCUCAAAUUGGCGCACUAAUCCUAAAAGGAGCCAUGAAGUGUUAAAUGGUAGAAACAGAAAGAGCGGCGCUCAGACAGCCGCACGCUGGGAGAGAGGGAGGAAACAGCGCUGCUCCAAUGCGUCUGUGCAACACAGGCUGAAGGAAAAAAAAAAAAACUUAUCGACGCACAAAACCAAAACCUUGCGCUGCGCAAUUAGUGCGAGAAAACCCACUUUUUCUUCCGGUUUUUGAAGAAAAUAAAUAAAGAAAUCAAGCUGGCUCAGUGCGUGUCUCAGCAGCCCACUUUGACAGGUGCUCCUCACCCCCUUUGGAGGACUGUCAACAGCAAGAGGAUGGCAUCAGAGCUGGCAAUGAGCAACUCCGACCUGCCCACCAGUCCCCUGGCCAUGGAAUAUGUUAAUGACUUCGAUCUGAUGAAGUUUGAAGUGAAAAAGGAGCCGGUGGAGCCCGAUCGCAGCAUCAGCCAGUGCAGCCGCCUGGUCGCCGGGGGAUCCCUGUCUUCCACCCCGAUGAGCACGCCUUGCAGCUCGGUUCCCCCCUCGCCAAGCUUCUCGGCGCCCAGUCCGGGAUCAGGGAGCGAACAGAAAGCGCACUUGGAGGAUUUCUACUGGAUGACCGGGUACCAACAGCAGUUGAACCCCGAGGCUCUGGGCUUUAGCCCGGAGGACGCCGUAGAGGCGCUGAUCAGCAGCAGUCACCAGCUCCAGACCUUCGAUGGCUAUGCCAGGGGGCAGCAGUUCGGUGGCGCAGCCGGGCCAGGAGGCACCAUGGGCGGGGAGGAGAUGGGAUCAGCGGCCGCCGUGGUGUCCGCGGUUAUCGCCGCAGCCGCAGCUCAGAACGGGACACCGCACCUCCACCACCAUCACCAUCACCACCACCACCCAGGGUCACACCACCCCUCCUCCGGGUCUCAGUCCGGCGCAGGAAACCACCAGCACCUGCGACUGGACGACCGCUUCUCGGACGAGCAGCUGGUGACCAUGUCGGUGCGGGAACUGAACCGGCAGCUCCGGGGGGUCAGCAAGGAAGAGGUGAUCCGUCUGAAACAGAAGAGGAGGACACUAAAGAACAGAGGCUAUGCCCAGUCCUGCCGCUACAAGCGGGUCCAGCAGCGGCACGUCCUGGAGGGAGAGAAGACGCAGCUCAUACAGCAGGUGGACCACCUCAAGCAGGAGAUCUCGCGGCUCGCCAGGGAGAGGGACGCCUACAAAGAGAAAUACGAGAAGCUCAUCAGCACCGGCUUCCGAGAAAACGGGGGCUCCGCCAGCGACAACAACCCCUCAUCCCCGGAGUUUUUCAUGACAUCAAGAAAAUUCCUCCACCUGUGAUACAGAGCUCUGACCUCUCCGUCCCACAUCCCGGGAGUCUGAGGUA